CAACCCAAUUUCUCCGUUUUAAUAAACAUCACUCUUUCCCAGAAAACCAUACGCAUAAAACACUAGACAGUGGACACUCCCUCAUCUCUCUCAGUCAGAACCUUCUCUCUUAAGAUUCUCUACUCUCGCUUCCACCUUAAGCACCUGCAGAUCCGCCCAUUGGGUUUGGAUCGGGGUGUUUUCUUUAGUCGACAUUUUGAUAUCAUUUCUGGGUUUGGCGUUUUAGGGAGGUUUUUGCCUCAUUGAAGCAGCUGAUGGUAGAUUGAUUUUUCAGUAAUGUCGAGGAUCACCAAAUGGAAGCUUGAGAAAACAAAAGUAAAAGUAGUCUUCCGGCUACAAUUUCAUGCUACACAUAUUCCACAAUCAGGAUGGGAUAAGCUUUUUAUAUCUUUCAUUCCUACUGAUUCUGGAAAAGCAACAGCAAAGACGACUAAAGCCAAUGUGAGAAAUGGGACCUGUAAGUGGGCAGAUCCCAUCUAUGAGACAACCAGACUUCUCCAAGAUAAUAAAACCAAGCAAUAUGAUGAAAAACUCUAUAAGCUUGUUAUAGCAAUGGGUUCAUCACGAUCUAGUAUAUUUGGUGAGGCUACCAUCAACCUUGCUGAUUAUACUGAUGCAUUAAAACCUUCUGUGAUUGCUCUGCCUCUUCAUGGAUGUGAUUCUGGCACUAUUCUACAUGUCACUGUGCAGCUGCUUACUUCUAAAACUGGUUUCAGAGAGUUUGAGCAGCAGAGAGAACUUAGAGAAAGGGGAUUGCAGGCUGACCAAAAUAGUCCCGAUGAAUCUUCUGGCCGAAAAGUAUCAUCUUUUGAAAUCAAUGAUCAUAUGGAUAAGGUAAAUACAAGAGUUAGAUUCAAAGAAAAAUCUAAAAAUCUUGCUUCACUAGAGGAAGAAGUGGGGCCAAAUGAAGAAUAUGCAGAAUCAGCUGUUGGAUUUGAUGGAUCUUCAAAUACUUCAGAAAGUUUAUAUGCUGAGAAGCAUGAAACCUCCAGCACGCAUGAAAUUGAUAGCCUUAGAAGUACAGUCUCUGGUGAUUUAGCUGGGCUUUCCCUCGGUCAAAAUCCUCAGCUGGAGAAGGGGGAUCCUUCUGAUCAUCGGUUUCUGGUGCAGGGGACCAAUGAUUGGGUGCAUGGCUGGAGUUCAGACUAUUCUGUCGACAAUGACUUGACAGCUGCAUAUGAAGAGAAUAAUCGGCUUAGAGGAAGCUUGGAAGUAGCUGAGUCGUCUAUUCAUGAGCUUAAAUUGGAGUUGAAUUUGUUACAGUGUCAUGCUGAUAGCAUAGGUCAAGAAGCACAGAAAUUUGCUGAGCAACUUGGUGCCGAGAUUGCUUCUGGAAAUGAGCUAGAAAAAGAGGUAUCUGUACUGAAAUCAGAGUGUUCAAAGUUGAAAGGUGACCUUGAACAGCUAAAGGUUUCUAAAUUAGGCUCUCCACUUACUAGCAGAGAAGCUUUUGUCACAGAACAGGAUCACAUAUUUCAAGAUUUGCAGCUCAGAUGGCUAAAGGGGAUUUUAGCCAUAGAGGAUAAAUUGAGAGAGCUUCAAAAUAAGGCAUGCUUUGGCUACAAUGAGGGAGACUUCAGGUUCCUUGCUUCAGACAUGGAGGCAUUGCUUGGUAUCUUGCAGAAUCUCAAACAAGCAAGUGGACUAGACACGAUACACUCUGAAGGAGCAAGCAUAAAGGAGAUUAAAAAUGGCCCAUUGGCAACAGGUACAGGAGUUGAUGUGGACUUGUAUCAACCAGAGCUAGGCAUGCUUCAUUGCCUUAACAUACCAAGUCUGAUUUCUCAUGAAUCUGAUGCAGUAGAUACAAACAGUGCAAUGAAAAGCAAGAUUUUUGAACUUCUGAGAGAGUUAGAUGAGUCAAAAGCAGAUAGGGAGAGCCUUGCCAAAAAAAUGGAACAGAUGGAGUGCUACUAUGAAGCCCUUGUCCAGGAACUUGAAGAAAAUCAGAGUCAGAUGCUGCGUGAAUUGCAAAAUCUCAGAAAUGAGCACUCGACUUGCUUGUAUUCAGUUUCAUCCACUAAGGCUGAGAUGGAGUCCAUGCGCCAAGACCUGAACGACCAGAUAGCAAGACUUGCUGAAGACAAAUGUGAUUUGGAUUCCCUCAACAAAGAGCUUGAAGGAAGGGCUGUAACUGCAGAAGCAGCGCUCAAAAGGGCCCGUUUGAACUAUUCCAUUGCUGUAGAUCAGUUACAGAAGGACCUUGAACUACUUUCUUCCCAGAUUUUGUCCAUGUAUGAGACUAAUGAAAACCUCAUCAGGCAAGCCUUUGUAGAUUCUUCACAAACAAGCAUUAGAGGAUUUGAUUCAGGGGAAUAUGUAUCAAAACUCUUGCAAUUUCAAAAUCAAGCUGUUGGCAUAAAGAAACAACAGUUGGGUGGAGAUUCUCUAGGUGACUUGAAGAGAUCACUCCACUUACAGGAAGGUCUUUAUCGGAAGGUUGAAGAAGAAGUUCAUGAAAUGCAUUUUGUGAAUAUGUACUUGGAUGUGCUUUCAAGGGCUCUCCAGGAAACUUUGCUUGGUGCAAAUAAAGAUGUUAAGCUAAUGGAUGAGAAAGUAAAUGACCUUCAGAAGCAGCUAGAGCUUUCAGCUGAGUCAAAGGCUUUACUGAUGCAAAAGCUGCAGACUGCACUGGAUGAUGUUCACUCUCUCAGUGAUUACAAGGCUAAUUACAUUGCUAAGUGUAAUGAUGUGACUCAACAAAACCAAAUUUUGGAGGUGAGUUUACAAAAUGUGACCCGUGAAAAUCAUUGUCUUGUGCAGAAGAUUACUGAAUGGGAAGCUCAGGUGAUGAAAUACAGAGGCUAUGAGAGCAAAUAUGAGGCCUGUUGUGCAGAGAAAGCAGAGUUGGCAUGCCUAUUGGAAAAGAGAACCCUAGAAAAUGGGACUCUUCAACAUGAAAACUUGUCUUUGCAGGAGGAGUUGAAAAUUGUCAAAUCUAAAUUUGUUGAGCAGGCUUCUCAGAAUGAAAACCUGCAGAAUUUUGUCAAUUCUUUGCAGUGUAAAUUGCAGGACUUACUGGUGUCAUACAAAAAUGAAAGUAUCAAUGGAUUGCCUCUCCUUAGUGAAUAUGACAGUCCGGAUCUGCGGUCCAGGGACUUAACAGGUAUUAUAAUGCAGUUGGAAGGGCUUCAGCAUAUUGCAUGUGAAAGGAUUCUCAAACUUGAAGAAGAGAAGAAAUGUCUACUGCAUGAAAGAGAUGUUGCAAAAUUAUCCAGAACUGAGUCUGAAUCUGAGAUUGCAAUGAUGAAGCAGAAGUUUGAACAUGAAAUAAGGAGUAUGGUGGAUAAAUUAAAUGCAUCAAAUGCGUUGCUGCAGAAGCUACAAUUAGAUAUUGAAGCUUUUGCUAACAGACUUGAGGUUGGUGCCAAAGUUGAAGAAAAAUAUACACAGCAGCACAAUGAGCUUUUCUCUGAUCUUAAUCAUUUGGAAGUUGGGCUUGAAAAACUUACUUCUAAGAACAGAGACCUUGCUCAUGAAAUCUUAGCAUUAGAGACUUUGAUGGCAGAACUCACCGAGGAAAACCAUGCUUUAAUGGCAUCUCUACAGGAAAAAAAUGAGGAAUGCACCAAGCUUGCAUCAGAACUGAAGAACUUGAAAGAAAGUUUGCGAUCUCUGCAUGAUGAAAACCAGGCUUUGGUGUCAUCUUCUAGGGAAAAAACAGAGAAGUGUGUCUUGCUUGCUUCAGAGUUAAAAAAUGUAAGAGAAAGCUUGCAAUCUCUGCAUGAUGAAAACCAAGCUUUGGUAUCUUCACUUGAUAAAACUGUGGAAGCUGCUACAGUUGCAUCAGAGUUGAACGUUUUAAAAGGAAAUUUUCAGUCUCUACGUGAUGAAAACCAAGCUUUAAUGAUGUCUUUACAGGAUAAAACUGAGGCAUCUAUCAAACAAGCAUUAGAGCUUAACAGUUUAAAAGAAAGCUUGCAGUCUCUACAUGAUGAGAAGGAAAGCUGGAUUGUGUCAACAGAAGAAUCUGCCAGGCUUGCGACAGAACUAAACCAUUUAAAACAAAGUUUGCAAUCUCUGAAUGAUGAAAAUCAAGCUUUGCUGGCAUCUACACAGGAUAAAACUGAUGAAUCUUCCAAACUUGCUUUGGAGCUUAGCAGUUUGAAAGAAAGUUUGCAGUUGCUGACUGAUGAGAAACAAACUUUAAUUGGAUCUUUACAAAAUAAAACUGAGGAAUCUGCUAACCUUGCAUUGGAGUUAAACUAUUUGAAAGAAAUUUUGCAAUCUCUGGAUGAUGAAAAACAAUCUUGGGUGGCUUCCUCACAAGAAAAAACCAAGGAAACAGACAAGCUUGCAUUGGAGCUGAACAGUUUGAAAGAGAAUUUGCAGACUCUGCAUGAUGAAAACCAAGUUUUGGUGAUGUGCUCACAGGAAAAGUCUGAGGAAUCUUCCAAGCUUAAAUCAGAGGUAAACAGUUUGAAAGAACGUCAUCAAUGUCUGCGCAAUGAAAACCAAGCUUUGAUUGUGUCUUCACGGGAUAAAACUAAUGAGUGUCUUCAGCUUGCAUCAGAGUUGAACAGACUGGGAGAUAAUUUGCAAUCUUUGCAUGAUCAGUUGCAAGAAGAGAGAAGGUUGCGAGAGAGUUUAGAGAUUAAAAGUGCAGAUCAAACUUCCCAAUUAAAUGAGAAGGAGUUUCAGUUACUCCAUCUCAAGAAAUUGGUGUCAGAUCUAGAAUUGGAGAAAUUGAGGGUCUCUAAUCUUUUGGCUCAGUAUGAUGACAUCCUUAUAAGCGCACGUGAAGAAUGUGCUUCUCUUUCUGUUCUUGAAAAUGAGAUAUGUGAAAUGCAUGAACUGUUAAUAGCUGCAGAUGUCAAAUUAAUUUUCACAAAAACUCAGUAUGAAGGCAGGGCUGAAGAGCUGGUUUUGCAACUUUGCUCCUCAGAUAGGCACCUUACUGAACUUCAGAAGAAACAUUUUGAUGUAGAAACAACCCUAAAUCGCUGUCUUGCCAGUGAAGCCCAAUACAUUGAAGAGAAUGCAAAUCUUUUAAUAAGUCUCAACUCCAUGAGAUCUGAGAUCGAGGCAUCUGUUGCUGAAAAUAGGUUACUUCUUGAGGCAAAGAGACUUACAACAGCUGAGCACGAGGAAUACAAGCUCCAGGCUCACAAUGUUGGCCUUAGACAUUUUGGGGAUGAAAGUCAGCAUUGCAAAGAGGUUGAGAGGCUGAAAAACAUGCUGUUGAGUUCUGAAGAGGAGACUGACAAUCUGAUGUUGUCCAAGGAAGAGCUAGAAGUCAAAGUUUUAGUACUCAAAGCCAAGUUGGAUGAACAGCAAGCAUGGAUAACUGAAAUGGAAGGAUAUGGGGAUGAAGUAGUGAUGCUGAAGAAACGGUAUAAUGAGCUAACCCAAAAGUUUACAGAACAGAUUUUGAAGACAGAAGAGUUCAGAAACUUGUCUGUCCAUUUGAAGGAGCUUAAGGACAAGGCUGAUGCUGAGUGUAUCCAGGCUCGUGAAAAAAGAGAACCUGAAGCACCACCAAAUGCCAUGCAGGAGUCCUUGAGAAUAGCAUUUAUCAAAGAGCAGUAUGAAACAAGGAUGCAAGAACUGAAACAACAGCUGUCCAUCUCGAAAAAGCAUAGUGAAGAAAUGUUGUGGAAAUUGCAAGAUGCCAUUGAUGAAAUUGAGAACAGGAAAAAAUCUGAAGUUUGUCAUCUGAAGAAAAAUGAAGAACUGGGAAUGAAGAUCUUGAAAUUGGAGUCUGAAUUACAGUCAGUGCUAUCUGACAAGCGUGAAAGAAUGAAUGCUUAUGACGUCAUGAAAGCUGAGAUGGAGUGUUCAUUAAUUAGUCUAGAGUGCUGCAAAGAAGAAAAGCAAAAACUUGAAAUGUGUUUGCAAGAAUGCAACAAGGAAAAGUCUAAACUUGCAGUUGAACUUGCUCAGAUGAAAGAAUUGCAAGAGAAUUCAAAAUUGGCCAUGAAUAUUCAGGAGGAAGGAAAUGAUGGAUCAUGCAAAUUUGAUUGCAUGUCUUCUGAUGAGUCAGUUUUUGGAAAUGUCUACCGGGAAAAUCCCAAUGCUGAUGCUUCAAGAUCUGAAAGAAAGAGUGUGGAUGUAGCUCCUACUAGUGGUCCAACGAGAGAAUCAACUCUCAAGUGCUUGGAACAAGGUAGUUCCAGGAAUUGUGAUGAAGCUGAACAUACAUGCCCAGCUCCCACUAACACAGUUGGCCAAGCAAACGCACUCAUGAAUGUGCAACUUGACCAGGAUAUUUUGUCUAGUAGUAUGAAUGGAAUUCGUAGUCCCGUACUCCUAAAUCAAGAGAAGUUGCUGGACAUUGACAUGCAGAAUUUAGCUCUUAUUAAUGAGCGUUUCAGAGCCAAAAGUUUAAAGUCUAGCUUGGACCACUUGAGCAAUGAGUUGGAGAGGAUGAAAAACGAGAAUUCGCUUCUGCAAGAUAAUCAUGAUUUUCACCAAAAAUUUCCUACUUUAGAAAGAGAAUUUAUGCAGUUACAAAAGGCCAAUGCAGAACUGGGAAGCAUGUUCCCCUUGUUCAAUGAAUUUUCAGAAAGUGGCAAUGCGUUAGAAAGGGUGCUUGCAUUAGAAAUUGAGCUUGCAGAAGCUCUGCAGGCAAAGAAGCAAUCAAGUAUCCAUUUUCAGAGUUCUUUCUUGAAACAACACAGUGAUGAGGAAGCAGUAUUCAAAAGCUUCAGAGAUAUCAACGAGCUGAUUAAAGACAUGCUUGAACUGAAGGGAAAGUACACGGCUGUGGAGACUGAACUAAAAGAGAUGCAUGACCGCUACUCUAAGCUGAGCCUUCAAUUUGCAGAGGUUGAAGGCGAGAGACAGAAACUCCGGAUGACUCUUAAGAAUGUUAGGACAUCCAAGAAGGCCCCACACUUAGAUCGGUCCUCUUCACCUUCAAUUGGGGACCACAUGUAGCCAGUUUGACAAGCCUUUGCUAGAGUCUUGUCUGCAAAGUCUCCGGAUUCUCUUCUACAGAGAAAGAAGUACCAGCAAAUGAUUAUGUAGACUGCAUGGCUGGCUGCUAUUCAUGGGGUACGUGAUUAUUCGAAAUGCAAGUUUCAAAUAUUUAUAAGCCUGGAGAGGAUGCCACAAGCUUAGGAAAUGUAAAUAAAACUGUAUUUGCUGGGUGUUGUCCCCCGGUUGUUACUAGCAUAAGGUAUACAUCCCUGUAACAUUAUGACAAUU